GGCAGUAAUUUCUUCAUAGCAGUAACAGUAAUAUCGCACAAAUCAUGGACCAUCGCCGGGCAACGAUAGCGGGAUCACGUGUCGAAGGGUCAAAACAUUUCCGGUUGUGUUUGUCCUUUACGCGGGUGUCCAACGGGAAGCCGGAAGAUGGGCUUCGUUUCUCCUUCCCGGAAACAAUCAAAUUCGGGAUCGACGAACCGUAUCAGGUCUUCUUGACCUUUGAACCGGCAGUUCGCAUUGUGACUAUGUCCGUCCAUAAUGACCUGAUCGACUUCCGCCGCUUGGGUACCAAAGUGGACCCUAACCUGGCCACCUACUGUGGAGUAUGGGAACCCAGAGGCUUCCCGGUGACAUCCUGCCAUCAUCGGGAGCAACUCAAGUUCGUCGUCGGCCUGGAUGACGGGGCAGUGUUCAUAACCAGUUUACAGUGCAAAUUCUAUGCCAAAGAAGAGACCAGUCACUGUGCAUGGGGCGAGACAAUGCAUGCCAUUCAUUUCCAGUGUGUUACGUUGCCCGAUAAGAGCGUCGUCAUCGUCAAACAGGAACUGAUGUAA